UGAAAUUUUGGUGACAAAAUUUAAGACCUCAUUUAAACAAUCUAAUAAAUGUCUGUUUUCGUCAGUCUUAUUUUCGUAUUCUGAUAGGUUUUGGAGCUUUUUGAGGGGUUUUGAGUAGUUCUAUAAAAUCCCCGCUAAAUAGAAAUUCAUGCGGUGUGGUCGCUUUCUUGUCAAGUAUGACCUCAAACAAUUCGAGACGACCCAUACUUCCGAAAACACAUUCGACUCUAUCUGUUGUUAAUCACAAGAAGUCUACUUCAGGAGUUGAUUCGACUCCAUUAACAAGCGCACCGUCGUCUUCAUCGUCAUCAUUGUCUUCAUUUAGAGCAAUUGCCCCAAAAUCAAAUCAGGAUCACACAGUGAUUAUCACUCCCGAAGUGGUCAAACAAAAUGAGUCUAGUGAAGAUGUUGUUCACUAUUGUGAUAUUGAAUCAAGUAGUCAGGAUUUCAACCCUCUUAGAAACUAUCGUUCAAUAUAUGCUAAUAACGUCGUACCUCGUAGUUAUUUGAGAGUUACGCACCAACGGGUUCUUUUACCGUCUCAUACAAUUCCUCGAACUCCUAUUAACUCUGAUACGCUUCCAUCUGGACCAUCUAGUUCUGGCUUUAAUGUUAAUAAGAAAGGGAGUCUACGUCCAGUGGUUAAGUUUCUACUUCGUAUAGGUUCAGCACUUGUGCGCUCACAGUAUGAGCCAGCGGUUGAUAAAGAAGUAACUCCCCACCAGUUAUUGAGUAAUCGACGUAAACGCAGACGUGUUGAUGAGGAACCAACUCGAUUAUCUACAGAUAAAAUCAGUAUAGAAACUAUCAACAUUUCUCAUUUAGAAUGGAAACCAAAAGCGCGUCAUCCACGUUGGGAAGACAUAUGGAAUUAUUGUCAUCAUUGUCGUUGUCCCUAUGUUCCUACAUCUGCUUUAGAAUUAUUACGACAUCUAGAACGAGGUCACCAGAAACUAGUUAAUGUUAAUUCACUAGUGAUACCUAAAAAAACACGGCUUGAAAAAGUAGAUUGUAAUGAAUGCAUGCUUAAUGCAGCAGAAUUAUUGGGCAAUAAACUGAUAAGCCGAUUUUAUAUCCCACUCACUGUAAAUAUCUUCGAUUCUUCAAAUAUAUCACCAUAUACAUGUUUUGUCUGUGGAAUAGUGAAUAAGUCUCAACGUUUACUAGAAAAUCAUUUCCAACGGAUAUAGGCGUUUUUGAACAGAGACACCUUUAUAUUAUAUAACGUAGAUGAAUUGUUAAGAUCUCUGUAUACAAGUUAGCUACUCUUAGUGCUUAGUAUUCUGUGGACACUUCGCCUCACUUGACUGGUCUCCAAAAUCAGAACACGGUUUGGACAAGUACGUAAUUAUAUUCCAAAUAAAUCAACUUGAAUUGGAGUGAAUUCCAGUAAGAAACACGUUAUCAUGUUUAUAAUUUUACACCCUGUCGCUAAUUGGCUGAGAAUAGGCCAAGCACUGUGCCCCAAAACAAUUUUUAAUGGAACAUGUUUUACUUCAAUGUAUAUUCUGCUAACACAAAUCAAGUAGUAUCACAUAUGUUAAAAAUGAAGUAGAUUAUACUUAGUAUAAGAUGCUUACCUGUUUAAUUUAGUUUAAAUGUCGUCAUGAAUACCAAUUUUUUGUUCGAAUACAAGUGUAUUCAACUGGCUGGUUUUGAGUAGUAUGAAACACUAACCGUUUUUACCAACCAUUAUUUAUUACUCAGUAUUUUAAUCUAUUUAGAAGUUAUUUUACUUCACGUUAUUGCAGUGUAACUAGCCUCGGGGGUCUCAAAUUGAUAAGUAGUUAAAAUAGCCUUUAAGAAAUUAGAAUUUCGGGACAAAGUUAACUGUUAAUAUAUACAAUUAAUAUUUACUUAUUAUUCAGUGGUGAGUUUGUGGUCUCACUAUAGUUUCAUUGUAAUAUGAGUUACAUGUACGUUUUAUAAUUUUGUUCUUAACCCUAAGGUUUCGAUACAAAAGAACCCCAACUCAAUUCACCACGUAGUGUGAAUUGACAACACCGAAGAAGUAGAAUACAGAGUAAGAGUCAUGUCCAUCAAUAGAGUACAGUCAAGCGAAACAACCAAAAUAUAUUUCGUUAUUUUAAGAUGUGCGUUUCAAAUCUUUCGAUUAUCCGAUGAGUAACCCCAACAGGAUCAGGAUUGCUUUUAUUUUAAACUAUGUCUGAUAGCACUUCAAUUCACGGAGUUGUGUAAUAUUCACUACCCUACUCUAGAAGUGGUGACGGAUCAAAGUGUCCUACAUGGUUACCUUUCAUCCCACUAGGCCUUGACGGUCUCUCAUCAUUUUGUACUCAAUCCCAGGUAUAGAAGCUACCGGUAGGAUAUGUCCAUGCCACCUUAUCUGGUAUUCUAAAAUUGUGGCACUAGUCAGUUAUAAUCAACAUCGAUCUCAGCAUAGUUACUCGUUAAUCUAAGUCCCCAUACCAUAUUAGUACAAUGAGAUGAAGUUAACAAGAUAGGUGGUAAACAAGUCAAAACAACAUCUGGGUUUUUGUAACCGAUCCUGAGUUGUUACCCAAAUUCUCCAGCUACUAAUCCUGAUUAUCGUGUGGACUUCAACUAGGUAUUCUGUAGAUACGAACAUGGCUCAGACCAACAGUAACUUCGUGGACUGAUUCCAGGUUUUGGUUCGGCCGUCCCUGGCUUCCAACUCGUACAUCAGAUAACACCUCCCGUCUAUGUUGUCAGUGGUUAGUGUUAUAUAACACAUUUUCCGUUGGUAAAGACUCUACCUUAUCAACCGGAUUUCCGUAUUUCCCUAGCACCCUAUGCAUAAACACAACAUUACUCGGUUGUUUUAUCAUACGCAAGCAAUGCUUCAAAUACAUCUAUUACUGAACACUUAAAGUCUACUCAUGUCUUUUAUUUUCACAAACCAUGUUUCCAAGCCAUAGAGUACUGCAGAGUGGACUGCUCAGUACAACUCCUUUUUAGUUGGGGUAAGGAAGUCCCGCUUACGCCACAAGUGCCGAGAUUUCGUCAGACACCUACCCACUAGAACUAACGUGCUUCUUAAGUUAUAUAGUUUUGCUGACGCAGUCAGGCCAGGUUUCUAUGGACCACUCGUAAAUGAAUAAUGUAUCUAGUUCUUGCUUGUUUAAUUCAGUAUAUCUGUCUGCCUUCAUUCCAAUCUUUCUAUUUCUACUUAUCGGUAUAUAUAUUUGAUUGUUAAGUAGCUUUACUCCAAGAUAUUGACGAUGGUAGAUUAUAGAACGUCUAUACAAUUGGAAAGGUUAUUUGCCCAAUUGUUUAAUCUUGAUGGAUAUUGAUUUCAAAUGGUGUAAUUUUAUCUAUAACCAGGUUGUCGAUGUGUAACUUUCAACGCCUUUGGUAGAUUUACGUCUGACCUGCAGGUAGUUUGUGAGCUGGAGGAAUAUACAGAGCUGUGUGUGUAGAGAAAUCUGGAGAACACGAGGAAAAGUGGACCGACAACCCACUAAACACUUAUGAUACACUUGCAUUUAAUGGUGAAAGCAAUCUUCAACAAUUAGCAAGUUCACGUCAGUGAAGUUAAAACUAUCUGGAAAUCGAAACUAGAAGUUGGUAGAUUAAUACUUUAAAUGUUUUCUCAAUUAAACCUGAAAGCAUCUACAAUCCAAUUAUUUGAUGUAUAGCUUAAAGUGUACAUAGAAUAUAGUAGUUGAAUGAAUGCAAUGAACUUGGUACAAUAUAAAAGAGAAUAAUUGUAAGUAUUGAAAUCAUUGUUUUCUUUUAUUUAUUUAAAAAAAUAAUUAUAAUUGCAGCGUGCAUCCACAAUUAACCCCUGGUCGUAUAGAAAAACCAACAGUUAUCUUAUGUUCUAUAUGUGGCUUCCCUACACAGACUAAUUUAAUUAGACAUUCUUCUCAUCACUUGCACUCUGAUGUUUCAAUACAUGUAUCAUGUAAAAGUAAUUCGUCAAUACAUAAUAGUGCUCCAUGGUCAGGAUGUGACGCUCACGCACUAGCCUGUCUUAUGCUUUAUCCUACUAUGUAUGCUCGAUUUGGUUUACCUUUUCAUGUUGCUCAUUUUCUCUAUGCAUUAAUUCAACGUAUGUUAAUGGCUCGAAUAAAUCAAUUUGGUGGUUGGAGUGUUCAGUCUUAUACUUUAAGAUGUUGUGCAGCAAUAUCAGCCAUUUAUGGUGAACUUGUUGAUCCAGAUCAAGGUAAACCACUGAUUCAAUCAAAAAUGAGAAUUUUAGAACACAAUAACAGCUUAAAAUCUGUAUUCUCAGAAGCAUCGACUCCUUCAACUGUUUCUUUUUACAAUUCAACUCCCGCACAAAUAAGGACAUGCAAUUCUAAAAGUGCUAUACCUAUUUCCCUAUCAACUGUAUUAGUUUCAUCGUCCUUACCGAUUCAGCCAUGUUUUGCUUCAUCAUCGUCUAGUGUAAAUCUAACUAAUAUAUCAUCAGUGUGUAUUUUACCUAAUUCCUCUCCCAUUACUUCCGUUUCUGAUUUGGUAUCGAAAUCUGUGACAGGCUCCAUAUUACCAUCUGUUUUAGUUAGUCAACCUACUACAACUCCAUCUGUUUCAGUGAAACAUACUUUGCCUUUUGAACCAAUGCCUCCUGUUUGUGUUACAAUCAGUAAACAGUCUAACCUUUUUAUGCAUGGAAAUACACAAAUCCCGGCUACAACAUCAUCAUGGUCUAUUGUAUCGUCAUCAAAUCCAACUCUUUUAUCUUUCCUCUCUUCCAACCAAUCGAAAAUUCCUAUUCAACCAAAACCUGUCAUACCAGUUUCUGUUGGUUUAGCAUCUGAUAAUUUAUUACAACAACAAUCUUCACUUACUAACAAUGGAGAUAAUACUAUUCGUGUUCAGGUGGGACCUAGUGGUCAAAUUAGGCGAUGCCUGGGAAGUCAACCGCGUAGUUUACCUCGUGUUUUGCCAAUGUUAGAAGUUCCAUGUGAACUGUGCCCUUCCAAUAUUCCAACGGAAACAAUUGUUCAAAGUUUUCACGUUAUGUCUCGUCAUAGAGUUAAAGGUUUACGACAUAUCCCAACAAUUCCUUGUCGUUUAUGUGGUCAAUUAUUUUGGACAAAGGCUGGCGUAAUCCGACACCAACAUGUUAGUUGUGGAUUUUGCGAUGAAAAAGCACUGUGUAAUUCAACUUAUUAUCUACAUGAAAUUAUUAAGCAUCCUCAACACUUCGCCUAUCGGUUGAAUAAAGAUGUGUAUAAUUGUCCACAGUGUUGUCGUAUGUUCUCGGAUAUGGUUUCAUUUAUAAUUCAUUUACAAACUGUACACUUUUUCACUGUACCAGAUGAAAUAAAUAAUAAUAUAUGCAAAUAUGGUUCUACAAGGAAUAAUAAAAUAAAUUUUAAUUAUUUAACAAUGAGUUCAAAAUUAAUUAAUCUUUCUACAUUAUAUUCAUCAUUAUCUAUGUCAACAAUAUCCGUAUCAUAUUCAUUACCGGAUAAUAUUGCUGUAUAUAUAAAGCCCGAAGAAAUACCAUGUUGGAAAUGUUCAGUUUGUAAUGCACAUUUUAUUACCAUUAAUCAUUUAGAUUUACAUAUGGCUCAAGCUAGUCAUCAGUACUGGUGUCCUCUAUGUCUAUAUGCAUGUGAACGAGCAAUUUCAUUAUGGAAACACUAUUGCAGUAGUCAUAACAAGGAAUCGGAACUAAAUCACAUUUCUGCAAAAAAUAAAUUUUAUCGAAUUGUUAAACCGCAAUCAAUUGGCGCAACUAAUACUUCUACUUCAAUAACAACAACACCAACGACAUUAUCACCGUCAUCAUCCUUAAGUACAGUUGCUGCAGCAAAAAUUAUUGCCAGUCCUUUAAAACAGGGUAGCCAACGCUGUGCUAUUGGUCACUUAUCCCAGUUUCAUGGGUGCGAUUUAUGUCCAGUAUUUUGUUUAACUGUUGACGAUCUCAAUACACAUAAGAAAACAGCUCAUGCUAAUGAAAUGCUGAAAGAGAAUUCAAAUAAUAAUAAUAAUAAUAAUAAUAAUAAUAAUAAUAUUAAUAAUACAAAACAACUUGUUAUAUCUAACACUUCUGACUUUCUCACGACAACAUCGACAUCAGUAACGACUACUACUACAAUUAUUACUUCUACGUUAAGCAAUCAACCUAUUCGAUUGAGCAUUACUACAAGUUCACCAUCUUCAUCUUCAGCGAAAUUCAUUGAUGUUCAUGAUGAUAGUGCCAGUGGUGGUAGUGUUUGUGACGUUAUCAAUUCAUCAACAUUAUCAAUGUCAAAGCAUUCUAAUGAAUCUAGAUUGAGUUUAAAUAGAUUUGUUAAAUGGAUUACCGGUGAACAGCUUAAAUUUGGAAAGUUACUCAGUACCACAGCUAUAAAUAAUAAUACUGAGACAUCGGCUGUUACCAUGGCAACUAGCAGUUUAAAUAAUCAAACAACUGAUCAAAUCACCAUCAUAGACGAUAAUAACGACGACGACAACAACACUGAUGAUAAACGAGAUGAGCUGAACAAAGGACUGAAUACUAUUGAACAUGAUAAUGUCGGUAAUGGUGAGGAUGAGGGUGUUAUUUGUCCAAUGUGUGAAUUUCACAGUAAAUUACGAAGUGAUGUUAUGCAACACAUUAUGGAUUUCCAUUAAUCAAUACUCCAUUUAUUAUUUGUACUUAUUAAUGAUGUAUCAUCCGGUGGCUGUAUAUUUAUGCUUAUAACGGAGAAUAUCGCUGUAUGUUAAUUUUUGAUUAACUCUUCUCUAUCUUCCUUUCAUGAUGAGCCGAUUUCCUAUAUAUAUAUAUAUAUAUAUAUAUAUAUAUAUAUAUAAUUGUACAGUCCCUUUAUUGAUGGAAUUUUGUCAUUUUUACUCGAGAGAAAACGGUGCUCUUUUCUGGAGUUUACAUUUAAUUAUGUCAUUUUUGAGUGAAGUUGUAGUAUUGUAAUGCAUAUUAUUCCGCUUGUAUUCGUUAUAUUUAUAUUUAUUAUUAUUAUUAUUAUUAUUAUUAUUAUUAUUAUUAUUAUUACUAAUGAUGGAUUGUUAGUAGUUGAUUUAUUUUUGUCAAUAUAUGUGAAUAUAUUUUAUUUUUCUAAUCAAAUUACAUGGAGUCGUAAUUUCUAUUAACUUUACAAUUGAAUUGAAUAAUCCUUGUGAAGUUAAACAUACUUAAGAUUCAUUUCCUUACCUUCUAGUUUUUUCUCUUAAAACUGUACUGUACCAUUUCUUUUCAGGUGGUUUUAUGUUGAUUGCUUUAUGAGUCGCGGUCGUACCUGCUACCUUGACAUAGUUGUCGGGUUCUCAUAUCAUGAUGCUCUGAAAGUAACACCUCUUUUUUAAUCCACAAAUUUCCAUCGCGGGCUGUAAGACGUUAAAAAUACCUAGUUAGUAUAUCAUACAACUUCUACCAUAAAGUCUGUGUAUUACUGGAGUCGAUUAGUUACCUCUUUGAUCACUAUGACCACACUGCGAGAUCACUAAGUUCAAUACCAAUCCUUUUUUUAAGGUCCCUUAGGAAGUAGUCUUCUAUGAUGUAGCCAAACAGCAAGUGACAAUCACACACAUACUCCUAACAGAAUUUCAGAUCACUUUGACUGCUGUUUGAGUAAACGUUUUGGUAUAAUGGUGUUGGUCGUAGCUAACAGCUUGACCAUCAAGUUAAAUCUACUUAUUAUUAUGAUUCAGUUAAGUUAUAUUAUUAAAAAAUGAGUUUGGAUUAGUUAUGUAUAAUAUUGAAUGUCAGUUUUCAAAGAAAAUUUUCUCUUCCUUGGUGUAUUCGCCGUUGAAUUAUGUCUUUUCUUACUAUCAUCUUUCUAACUAGUAGCAAAAUAUAAGUUAGCGUUACGUAAGCAGCAUGAUUAUUGUUGUAUUUAAAGUACGAAUAGUAAUAGGAAUCCCACCUUUAUGUUUCAAAUCAGAAUCAAAUUUAAAAUUUACAAAUAUAUGACUUUAGUUGAAAGCUAUAUUUAUGAUUGAUACACAAACACUGAAUGAAAAUUGAUAGUCCGUCACAUGAAACGUAGAACAUGGCUCACAUGUGCAUUGAUUAACCUACUACGCCAUAUCAGCACAGCCAAGUAAGAUUAUCAAGACAAAUGCUAUGGUAGAAACGAUAACAGCUUCAGUGGUAGUAGUAAAGAUUGGACAUAAACCAUAUGUUUCAAGAAGACUGAAUAAAUUCGCGUAACAGAAAAGUUUGGGAUAAAUUCCAAAACUCCAGAUCUAAGGAAAGAUAGAAUUAAUAGACUUGUAUCAUCGUGACCAACAUCGCUAAUUAUUAAGAUAAGUGUGAUAGUUAUUCAUAUUCCAAGUAUUUUCGAUGAUUAAAAACGAAACAAGUAACGAUAGCACUUCUAUCCUUUUGUCAUUGUGGAUUAUUACUAUAAACGCAGUACAAUAUGUGCAAACAAAUCUGAAUAUCAUCAAGAACUGUAUAG